AUGGCGUCCGCCGUUCUCCCAGUCUGUGCGACCCCAUACCGGGCCUCUUACUCCCAUCGGUAUCCUUCCAACCUGAUGGACACGGGCGUUGAAAUGGAUUCGUAUGGAUCCUACCAACGCUUCCAAUCUCCCUCUCCCAGUCGGCGGUCCUUGAACCGUCAGCGCUCUACGUCAUUUCCCUCCGUCUACUAUUCGGGCUCUCCGGAGCACCAUCCUGUCGAGCCUCGACGGAAGAAGGAGAGUAGUUCUCGGCGCCGUCGUCAUGGCAGCCCGUCGAACCCUCAGCCGGCCAGAUACUCGAGGAACUCGAUGCUGGUCAAUCCAGACGUUAUUGAUCGUCUGGACAGUGCGAGUCUCUGCCAGUACCAUCACGAGGGGCCGUACGAUGCUGUCUAUGCGGAGAGGAACUACCACACCAAGCAGAGCCCCGUCGAGGCAGUCAAAGAUUCAACUGCCGAGACCUUGAAGGCGACUCCGAAAGAUAAAAUUAGGGACUGCAUCGAUAGUCACCGUCCUCUGGAUGGAGUGGCUUAUUACCCUCCAGGUCACACAGACAUGGAGGGCCGCACCUACGAAUACGAGGAGGGGCCGAACAUGAUGAACGACUAUGGAAACUUUAUGCGUUGUCCGGGUCAAAAAUUCACCGAUGAGGAUUUCAAAAAGGACCCCUUUUACAAUGCACCCCACCCCAAGCCAUUCGCGUCGCUCCGGAAAGCGCUCAGUAUCCGUCGUCGCAAGCGCAGCGGAACUUCUUAA